AUGGUCCCGUGCCCUCCGCCGCCCAGGGCUCCGGCCGCCGCCCGGGGCUCGGGGCUGCCAGGAGUCUUGGGUCCUCCUCCGCCGCCGCCGCCCCCGCCUGGGCUCCCGCCGCUGCUGCUCGCACCACCGCCGCUGCUCCUGCUCCUGCUGCUUCUGCUCCUGCUGAGCACGCCGGCCGCUCCGUGCCCCUUCCAGUGCUACUGUUUUGGGAGCCGGGAGACUAUACGCUGCAGCCACAUCGUCCUACAGGAACUGCCUCGCGACCUGCCCGCCGACGCGCACAACCUCAGCAUCGUGGGCUCCAACCUGACGGUCUUGCGUGCCGCCGCCUUCGCCGGGGAGGAGCUGCCCACGGCCGAAGGCAAUAGCAGCGGUGGCGGGGGCUGGGCAGUACGCCUGGUCAACCUCACAUCCUUACAGCUCAACCAAGACAACAUCCAGGUGGUGGAGGACCGCGCCUUCUGGGGCCUGCCCCGCCUGGCCUCCCUGGACCUCAGCCACAACCCGUUGGGCGUCCUGGGGGCCGCUGCCUUCCGUCUGCUGCCCGCGCUGAGUGUCCUCAGGCUCAAUGCCGCCGCUCUCGGGCUUGGCGAGCAGCUGGACGCCGCCCUCCGCGGCCUGGCCACCCUGCGCCGACUCGAGCUGCAAGCCAAUGAGCUGACCCACCUGCCGCCCUCCGCCCUGGAGCUGGCGCAACUAGAGCUGCUGGACGCGCAAAGCAACGCGCUGACCGGGCUGGCGCCGGUUGAACUGCGCGCGUUGGGAGGGGAGACCCCGGGGAGCCCGACGACCCCGACGGCUCCGGGCUCUAGAGGGCUGCGCGUGUGCCUAGCAAAAAACCCGCUGCUCUGUGACUGUGGGGCGCGGGCGCUUGUGACCCUACUCCACAAGCACCCCUGGCAGGUGCCUGACGCGCGCAGUCUGCGCUGCGCCGCGCCCCAGGCGCUCCAAGGUGUUUCUUUACUGGCCUUGAACGAGUCAAAGCUAAGCUGCUCCCAAGGUCCCCAAGAAAAGGAGGAGGGGGAUGAGGAAGGGAAAAGAAGUGAAAAAGAGGAGGAGGGGGCGGAAGGGAAAGAGGAGGAGGGGACAGAGGGAAGGGAUGAGAAAGGGCAGACGGGUACUGGGGAGGAGUUGGAAGCGUCCUACGUCUUCUUCGGCAUCGUUCUGGCGCUCAUCGGUGUAGUCUUCCUUAUGGUCCUCUACCUGAACCGGCGCGGCAUCAAGCGCUGGACGCGCAACCUGCGCGAGGCGUGCCGGGACCAGAUGGAGGGCUACCAUUACCGUUACGAACAGGACGCCGACCCCCGGAGGUCUGGCACUGCCAGCUCGUCGGGCACCCUCUGA